AAUCGCAUACGGGUCAUUUGAAAAUGUUUGCAAUGUGGACUCAGUUUGGCAUACUGUUGCUCGCUUGUGUGUAUUUGGGCGUUGUUGGAGCACCGUUUAAUGGAGUAGGCGACCUGGGAACUGAUCUGGAGCUAAAUGCUGGCUUUUUCGAGGGUGACAUGGAUAUAAAGUAUACACCGGAUGGAAAGCUACAACCGACUCAGCGUUGGCCCCUUGCCACAGUCUACUACAAAAUAGAAAAAAAAAAAUUCACUGCUCACCAAGAGAAAUUUAUUCAGCUGGGAAUGUGGAAUAUUGAAAUGGUGUCCUGUAUAACCUUUGAGCCUGCCCCUAAGGAAAUUCGUGACUAUUUGCUGAUCACCGAUUCGAAAACUGGUUGCAGUUCCACAGUUGGUUACUCCAAAGACAAUACGACAAUUAAGUUGGUACCUAACUCCAUAGGCAAGGGUUGCUUUAACUUGGGCACUAUACAGCAUGAACUGCUCCACACUUUGGGCUUCUUUCAUCAACAUAAUUAUGCAGACCGCGAUGAUUACGUAAAAAUUGUCAAGGACAACAUUAGUACGGGGAAACUCGUCAAUUUUCAGAAGUAUGCUGCGGAUAGUUUGGGGAACUUCGGAGCAUCCUAUGAUUAUGAGAGUAUUAUGCACUACCCUUCCAACGCCUUUUCAAAGAAUGGAGGAGAAACAAUUAUCGCACGUCAGCCAGAUGGUCAGUCGAAAAUGGGGCAAAGAGACGGUCUGAGCUCCGCUGAUGUGACUCGCCUCAAUAACAUGUACAAUUGUCCAAUGCUACAACCAGAAAGAAACUAAUGUUGAUCAAUGCCCCAUUAGCUCUUAGAACUCAGGCAGAUUGUUUCUUAUAGGGCACAUAUAUUUACUCACACAAAAAUAUGUAUACAUAUAUAUGUGUUACAUAUCUAUUGGAUUUUAAGUAUGCAUUUGUCAAUGAUCAUAUAUCUAUCCUUAAAAUUACAGUAGGAAUCAAUCAAUCUAGCGGUGGGAAUCUUAAAGUCGAAAAAUAAACUUUCUUUAAGACAACCUUUGACCCAUAGCUCCAUCAGAUAUGGAUAUAUGAAUUAAAACCCGAAUCGUCAUCCACCUACCACUAUUCAACUAAGUCGCGCCUCAAGUUAAAUAUAAGCUAUAUGUAAGAAACGAUCGGUCAUAAAUUGAGUUCUGUUAUGAAUAAA